AUGGAACAUGGCAAUGGGGAUAACAAUGCUCAGCACAAUGCCCCAGGCGGAACAGGCCACCAGUAUACUGGCCAGGGACAACAUAUUUACAGCGGCGUUGGUAUGACAAUUAAUAACAACGCAGCUGCCCAUACAUUUGAAAACUCCCGGGAGAAAAUAAUCCAAGCUCUUUAUACAUCGCCAUACCUGCAGAGAAAAAAUCGGAAUCCCGACCGCGUUACAGGAACAUGCGAAUGGUUUUUGAACCACGCCGACUUUCACCACUGGCGAGACAGCACAUCUUCCUCUAUGCUCUGGGUAUCCGCAAAUCCCGGCUGCGGAAAGUCUGUUUUGGCCAAAUGUCUGGUUGAUGAACUCAAUACUACAGAAGAAAGAACCACCUGUUACUUUUUCUUCAAAGAUGACUUUGAGGAUCAGAGAAGCGCGAAAAGCGCCAUUAGCUGCAUUUUGCACCAACUCUUUACGCAAAGAGAGAAUAUUUUAUCUGCCGAGAUCAUAAAGCGAUUCAAGUCUUACAAGGCGCCUCUCGCUAAUUCAUAUUACGAUCUUUGGGCGCUCUGGGACAUUUUAAUCAUGGCUUCACAAGAGAGAAAUGCAGGCGAGAUAAUCUGCAUCCUCGAUGCGUUCGACGAAUGUGAGAAUCAGGACCGACAAGAUCUUGCCAAGAUUGUGCGCGGAUUUUAUAUUCAAAGCAGCACCACUAAGCAAAGUGUUAAUUUGAAGUUUCUUGUAACUAGUCGCCCUUACGAUAAAAUUCGGCGGGACCUAGUCCCUUUCAAUCUUGAGAAUGUCCCGGUUAUCCAUUUGAAGGGCGAUGGGGAUAAAGAAAUAGAAGAAAUUGCGGAAGAGAUCAAUCUGUUUAUAAAGGAUAGAGUCUCGCAAGCUCGAAAAAAGUUUGGUCUUACAAAGAAGGAAGAGGAGCUGCUUUUGCACGGGCUAGAAGCUGUUCCGAAUCAAACAUACCUAUGGGUCUAUCUCACCUUGGACUGGAUUGAGACUGAGAUACACAACAAGAUCAGCGAAACGAAGAUACGCGACGCCAUUUCCAUUCUACCUCGAACUGUUGAUGAGGCUUACGACAAAAUUUUAGCCAAAAGCACAGAUGCAGCAGAAACCAAGAAACUGUUACACAUUGUGGUGGCGGCCGAACGACCUCUCACUCUCGACGAGAUGGACCUGGCACUAGCAGUUCAACAGCAUGAUUCUUAUAAAGACUUUAAGCGGAGACCCAGUGAUCGCUUCAGAAAGUAUAUCCGGGACCUUUGCGGCCUUUUUAUAAAUAUCAAUGAUGAAAAGAUCUAUCUUCUUCAUCAGACAGCGAAAGAAUUUCUAGUCCCAAUAGGUCAUUACGAUAGCCAUCAAGAGAUUACAACACAACGAGGACACGUGUCUCAAAUUGACCUCCACAAGCAGCUCACAUGGAGGUCUUCACUUAUACCAACAGAGUCCCAUCGCAUUAUUUUUCAAGCUUGCGCUUGGUAUCUACUUUUCAUUAAAUUCCAGGCCUCCCAUUGUAAGUUCGAGCACAAACGUAUUUUUUUUGGAGAUGAAUUUCGAACUGGCUGCUACCAUGCAUUUGUGUUUCUCGAUUAUUCUGCAAAAAGCUGGGCUACGCAUUUUCGUGCGUCAGGCAUCGAAGGAACUGAGUUCAGAGAGCAGCUGCAGCAAAUUUGUGACACAAAAUCGGAACUUUGCUGGACUUGGUUCAGUGUUUACUGGGUGGACAAGCACCCUGGCACCUCUCUUCCUUGGACUUUUACGCCACUUAUGGUCGCCUCUUAUCUGGGAAUAGAAACCCUUGUCAGACUUCAGCUCCAAUCGCUUUACGUUGAAUUGGAUGUUGUUGACGACAUUUUUCGGCGUUCAGCUCUCUCUUGGGCAUCAGAGAGUGGAUUUGAGAGCAUAAUAUUGUCUAAAGCAGGGGCUCGCGCAGACUACAAAGAUGAAAUAGGAGGAACACCAGUCACUUACGCUCUCUGCACCGGACGGCAAGACAUAGCCAACGAACUGACAAAACAAGCUCGGGAAUUUUCAGUAAGUGAGAUUCGUGAUGAGUUACUUCAAUCAGCUGUGAAGAAUGGGCAUGAACUCAUUGUCCAACGUCUUCUCGAUGGCGUUGCCGAUAUAGAAGCAGUAAACAAGGACAACGAAACGCUUCUCUUUAUUGCCACGCGAGCAUUCUUUGACCCGGUGGCCGCGUUGCGAGCGGCGCCGUUGCUCACAUCGACUUGCACGCUCUGGUGGGCGUUGGACGAGCACUUUUUCCUCAGCAUCUUCAACAAGCCAGAGAUCCGCAGCAAAAGCAAUGAGUUGCUGCCAACCUAUUUCAAGGAGUUUUUCGAAGGAGGAUUGAACCGAACACUUGCACUUCUAACUCUCACCAUCUCAUCCACCAUGGCUACCUGUUUCGUAAACCACGGAUACCACUGGGCCAACAAGUCUCUGCGGUGGUACACAGCUGGAAUGGUAUUGGCAGCCGGUCAUCUCGCUUUUGUGCCAGCCAUCGCACCCAAAAUUAAGGCAAUUGUCGAAGACACCUCCAAAGGAGAGAGCACCAAGGAUCUAGAGAGCUGGCUGAGCGUCCACACUAUCCGGACUUUGACGGUUGAUUUGGCGGCGUGGGUUUGCUUUGUCAUUGGCACUGCGCGCGAGAUUCAAGGCGAUGAUUAA